UACCAGGCAUCUCGUGAUGUAGAUACACGUUUCGGAGUCAAUAAAGAGAUAAAUGCUUCAUCUACUAAAGCUUGGCUUGAGAAGAUGAAAACUCUGUUUAUUAGAAAGGGAUCUGGAUUUUCUUCUCGUAGUGUGAUAACUGGCGAUUCCUUCAAAGGCGUGUCUGAGAUUGGGUUGCCAUUCGAAAUAGCCCAAAAAAUAACCUUCGAGGAGAGAGUAAACCAGCACAACAUGGAAUACCUUCAAAGACUGGUUGAUGAAAAGCUUUGUUUAACUUAUAGGGAUGGCCAGUCCACAUAUUCAUUGAGGGAAGGAUCAAAGGGACAUACAUUUUUGAAACCUGGGCAGAUAGUGCACCGUAGGAUAAUGGAUGGAGAUAUAGUGUUUAUCAACAGACCACCAACUACGCACAAGCAUUCCCUCCAAGCUCUGUCAGUCUAUAUUCAUGAUGAUCAUACUGUGAAGAUCAAUCCCCUUAUUUGCGGUCCACUUAGUGCUGACUUUGAUGGGGAUUGCAUCCAUUUAUUUUACCCUCAGUCUCUUGAAGCAAAAGCAGAAGUGGUAGAGCUUUUCUCCGUAGAGAAACAGCUGCUUAGCUCUCACACUGGCAAUUUCAACCUGCAACUGGGAACUGAUUCACUUCUGUCUCUGAAACUCCUUGUUCAAAACUACUACUUGAACAGAGCAGCGGCACAACAGUUGGCGAUGUUCGCCUCCAAUUCUUUACCUGGACCUGCAGUGCUGAAAUCUUGUAAAGCUGGCCCUCUUUGGACUUCUGCACAGAUUUUGCAGAUCACUUUACCUUGUAACUUUGACUGUUCUGGGGAGAGACAUUCUAUAUUUAAAAGUGAGGUAUUGAGAGUUGAGUCAAAUAGGGAUGUGAUGCAGUCCAUUGUUAACGACAUAGUCACAUCAAUUUUCUUUUUGAAAGGGCCUAAGGAGGUUUUGAGGUUCUUCAACACUCUACAACCCCAGUUAAUGGAAAAUCUCUACUCAGAAGGGUUUAGUGUUAGUUUAAGAGAUCUUUUCAUACCUGGGGACAUAUUAAAGAACAUCCAAGCAGAUAUUCAGAAGAUUUCUCCAUUGCUACAUCAUUUGCGUGCAUGUUAUAGUGAAUCUAUUGUGUUGCAGUUGGAGAAUUACUUGCGAAGUAUGAAAUGUUCCUGGGGGAAACAUGCAUCUGUUGGCACAGGAUCGCCAUUUGAAAUUCUUUGGGACACUAGAAAGGCUGAGUUGAAUCAACAAAAUGGACUGAAUGUCUAUGAUUUUCUUCAUUUGGUAAGCAGCAGCUCCAACCAGGAAAAUAUGGGCACUAGUUGCCUUGGCGUGGAAAUUGAUUAUCUGGAUCAGGAAGAUGAAUACAUGGAAUUUGACCUCUCCCCAGUCCGAGAUUCUGGUAUUGAGAAGCCAACAUUUGAAGAUGGAGAUAAUUUUGCUCCUGACGAGAAUGAAUGGGUACAGACAUCUUCUAUAACUGAUAAAUCUAGUGGUAAUUGGGAGCAGGUUAAAAAAGCCGAAAUUCCUACUUGUUCUGGCUGGGGGAUUGAGAAAGAUGGGAAGGAUGAUAAUUUGGGUGGCAAUUGGGGGCAGGUAGUUGAAAAAGUCAAAAGCGCAACUCCUUCUGGCUGGGGCAUUGAUAAAAGUGAGAAGGAUGAUACAUUCUCUGAAAAAGAGCCAGAAGAUUUUCCAAAGAAUGAUAGGUCUGCUUGGGAGAAAAAGGUUGAUUCUGUUGACAAAGGUCCUACAGAAAAGGCUGAACAGAGUACUUGGGCUAGUGCAAAUGCGUCAAAAUCUAGUGGUCAGUCCAGUUGGGGGCACGUAGUUGAGAAAGUCCAAAGCUCGACUCCUGGCUGGGGUGUUGAUAAAGGUGAGAAGGAUGAUACAGUCUCUGAAAAGGCACCAGAAGAUUCUCCGAAGAUUAGCAGGUCUGCUUGGGGGAAAAAGGUUGAUUCUGUUGACAAAGGUCCUAAAGAACAGGCUGAACAGAGUACCUGGGCUAGUGCAAUUGCAUCAAAAUCUAGUGGUCAGUCCUACUGGGGCAAGGAUGUUUGUAGGGAAGAUAGUUUCCCGACACAGACUCAAGAAUAUCAGUCAGUAUCUUUUUCGGCUUGGGGUAAAAAGCAAGAUUCUGAGGGAAAAGUUUGGAGGGAAAAAGAUGAUCAGAAUACUACGCCAAUACAAAAAGGUCAUUCCAACCUGGGUAGAUCUUCUGGUGAGAAGGAUUGGGGUGGAAAGGAUGAUCGAAGUACAUUGGUUAAUACUGGCACACCAAAGUCUAGCAGUCAGUCGGGGUGGAACAGAGAGUCAGAUGAAACUGUUUGGAACAAGAAGAAAGACCGAAGUGGAUGGACCAUUCCAGGUACAGCAAAGGAUAAUAAUCAGUCCAGUUGGGGCCAGGACGCAGCUCAGACGGAAGAUGUUAUCCCUGCUAAAGCUCAGGAGGGUUCUAAACAGGCUACAGAUUGGGACGCAUUAGGUUCUGAUAGUGGACAAGAUGGAUCAAGUUCAUGGUCUUCUUGGGGGAAAAAAAUUGUGAAAUCCGAUGAAACUGUUAAAAAGUCUGAUCGCUUGAUUUCUUCAGCUGAUGGAGACUCUAUUGAUGUGUUGCCUUCAAAUGAAAAUCUAUGGGAAGCUAAAGUGGCUGACCAUGGCAGUCUGUCAAAGCCCUUUACUGCUUGGGGCUCUUCAAAUGACUGGGGUAAGGUUGAUUCGCAAUCUCCCAGUGAACAAAAGAAAGAUUCUCCAGUCAGUAAUGGGAAUCCCAAUCCAAAAGAGUCAAACGACUCUGGUUUUGCACCGCGUAGACAUUUUGCUGGUAGAGGAGAUUCAAACAGAGGUCGAGGUAGGGGUCGCCCCGGUGGAGACUGGAAGAACAAUAGAGGUAGGGGUCGCUCUAGUGGCAGAGGAGAUUUUUCUGAUGAUUUCAAUGCACUUGGAACCUUCACAGUGACGAGGCAGCGCAUGGAUUUAUUCACAGCGGAGGAACAAGACAUUCUUUCAGAUGUUGAAGCUAUUAUGAAGAACAUCAGAAGAAUUAUGAACCAAACAGGGUACAAUGAUGGUGAUCCUAUAUCUGGGGACGAUCAAUCAUACAUGGUGGAUAAUGUAUUGAAUUACCAUCCUGAUAAAGCUGCAAAGGUGGGAGUUGGAUUAAAGUAUAUCAUGGUUAGUAGGCACCAGGAGUUCCAGGAUAGUAGGUGCUUCUAUGCUGUUUCUAUUGAUGGUGCCAAACAAGAUUUUUCCUACCGUAAAUGUGUGGAGAACUUCCUCAAGGAAAAGUAUCCCGAUAAGGCUGAAGCUUUUGUUCCCAAGUACUAUAGAAGGCAGCAAGCUCGUACUGGCUGGAAUAAAGAUCGUGGUUCUGCCUCAGGUGAAGCUAGAACUCCCGGCUGGAAACGGGAUCAUACUCCGGCUGCUGAUGAAGCUGGAACUCCAGGCUGGAGCCAGGAUCGUACUCCUGCUGCUGAAGAAUCUGGAACUGAAGGCUGGAACACAGGCCGUAGCACUCCCGCUCAAGAUGAAGCUGGAACACGGGGCUGGAAUACAGGUUGUAGUCCUCCGGCUCGAGAUGAACCUGGAACUGGAGGCUGGAACAUAGGUCGUAGUUCUCUGGCUCAAGAUGAAGCUGGAACACCCGGAUGGAACACAGCCAGUACUCGAGCUCGAGAGGAAGCUGGAGCUUCAGGAUGGGACAAGUCUGGCUCCAGAUGAAGCUGGAACUCCUGGCUGGCAGUAGGGUGAAAGGAAAGGCAGGUGUUUUAACUUAUUGGAUGUAAAUAGUAGUUUGCAGUUUUAGUUAGAUUUGUGGAUUCAAUCAGGCAUUAAUGAAUGACAAUUUCUGUUUUCAAUUGCACUAGGUGAUGGAUAUAUGGAUUUGGGUGUAUGACUUUAAAUUA